UCUGUCCUGUAGAGGGCAGUGUAGCAUUAAAAAAAACGGAAAUGCCGAAGAAGCACUAGCGGUGUAGACAAGAUGGCGGACAGCAGAGAGAAAGGGCUACAGGAUUACAGGAAAAAAUUACUGGAGCACAAAGAGAUUGACGGCCGACUGAAGGAGUUGAGAGAGCAGCUGAAGGAGUUGACCAAGCAGUAUGAAAAAUCUGAGAAUGAUCUGAAGGCACUGCAGAGCGUCGGACAGAUUGUAGGGGAGGUGUUGAAGCAGUUGACGGAGGAAAAAUUUAUUGUCAAAGCCACUAAUGGCCCGCGCUAUGUGGUGGGCUGUCGGAGACAGCUGGAUAAGACAAAGCUGAAGCCUGGAACCCGUGUGGCACUGGAUAUGACGACCCUUACCAUCAUGAGGUAUUUGCCCCGUGAAGUGGACCCGUUGGUGUAUAACAUGUCUCAUGAGGAUCCAGGAAGUGUGUCUUACUCUGAGAUUGGAGGAUUAUCAGAGCAGAUCAGAGAGCUCAGAGAGGUUAUUGAGCUGCCUCUGACGAACCCUGAGCUCUUCCAGCGUGUGGGCAUCAUCCCUCCUAAAGGCUGCCUGCUGUAUGGACCUCCAGGCACUGGUAAGACCCUGCUAGCAAGAGCUGUGGCCAGUCAGUUGGACUGCAACUUUCUCAAGGUGGUGUCAAGCUCCAUCGUGGAUAAGUAUAUUGGUGAAAGCGCUCGGCUGAUCAGAGAGAUGUUUAAUUAUGCUCGAGAUCAUCAACCCUGCAUCAUCUUCAUGGAUGAGAUCGACGCCAUCGGUGGACGGCGUUUCUCUGAGGGAACUUCAGCAGAUCGUGAGAUCCAGAGAACUCUGAUGGAGCUGCUGAAUCAGAUGGAUGGGUUUGACACUCUGCAUCGUGUAAAGAUGAUCAUGGCUACGAAUCGUCCUGACACACUGGACCCAGCUCUGCUCCGGCCCGGGAGACUCGACAGGAAGAUCCAUAUCGAGUUGCCAAAUGAGCAAGCUCGUCUGGACAUCAUGAAGAUCCACUCAGGUCCCAUCACUAAACAUGGUGACAUCGAUUAUGAGGCGAUAGUGAAAUUGUCAGAUGGAUUUAAUGGAGCUGAUCUGCGUAACGUCUGCACUGAAGCUGGCAUGUUCGCUAUCCGUGCUGAUCGGGAUUUUGUUACUCAGGAGGACUUUAUGAAGGCAGUGAGGAAAGUUGCAGACUCCAAAAAGCUUGAAUCCAAACUGGAUUAUAAACCUGUCUAAAGACUCUAGCUUACACACACACACAUAUAUGCGUGCUCUUUAAAUGCUAAGUAUAGUGUAAUGCAUCUUUAAACACCCAUUGUACUGUGUGUGUGUGUGUGUGUGCAUAAAACCAUCACUCUGCCCUUCAUAUGAUUAUAUAGUGUGUCUUCUUAGGGUCCUUAGUUUUGUGUUUGCAGCAGUGUCUCUGAACACAAUAUUGUGAUGUCGACACUGUGUUUAAAAUGAAAUAAAUAGUUACGCAUUAUCACCUCAUUAAAGUUUCAUACUGAA